AUGGUGUGCGUGCGCAUCUGUAAUGCGCUACAUGGGUUGAAACCAGUGUUGGUAAUGUUUGUGAGUCAUCUUCUAAGUACAGGAUUGAAUAUAAUUUUCAAACUGAUAGCAAACGAUGGGAUGAGUUUAAAAGUCUUCAGUGCCUACCGUGUCCUCUUUGCCUCUGCCGUUAUGAUACCUCUUGCUCUUGUAUUUGAAAGGAACAAAAGACCAAAAAUGACAUGGACUGUGCUAGCUCAAAUUUUUCUCUGUGCGCUAUUUGGGAUGACACUGGCUCAAAAUUUAUACCUGGAGAGUAUGGUAUUCAUACCAACAACAUUUACUGUGGCGAUAGUGAAUCUGAUUCCUGUCUUCACCUUCAUACUGGCCGUAUGCUUUCGACAGGAGAAGCUGGGGCUAAGAAGCCUCCAAGGGAUCGCGAAACUUGCCGGAACACUGGUCGGGAUUGGAGGGGCAAUGCUCUUCGUAUUCUACAAAGGCAUCACUAUAAACGUCUGGCAUCAUACUGGCCUCUUGGCCAUGCCCCAAAGCAGCACUUCAUCUUCAAACCCUCAUCACUCUAAUGGUUAUGUCUUGGGCGCUGUGUUAGCUCUGCUAAGCUGUUUGUCCACUUCAGCCUGGCUCAUAAUUCAGGGAAAAUUGAGUAAGACCUACCCAUGCCCCCUGUCAAACACAGCUUUGAUGUCCGUCAUGGGAACAGUUCAAUGUGUGGUUUUUGCCCUUAGCACGGAGAGGGAUUGGAGCCAAUGGAAGUUGGGAUGGAAUAUUAGACUUCUUGGAGUUUUUUAUGCGGGAAUAUUGGGUUCUGGAGUUGUGGUGUUCAUGACGACAUGGUGUGUAAACAUGCGAGGGCCACUGUUUGUAGCAAGUUUUAGUCCUGUCCUGCUUGUCCUCGUUGCCAUAUUUUGCUCUUUGUUGCUGGGAGAAAAGUUGUAUCUGGGAAGCUUUCUAGGAGGAUUUCUAAUCAUAUGUGGGUUGUACCUGGUGAUUUGGGGUAAGAGCAUCGAAAUGAGGAAGAUGACUCGAGUAGAACCAAUAGAAACCCCCCGACCUUCAGAGUUAUUUGGACUUGGAAUAGAGACUUCAACCCAAAAUGCUGCUGCGUUCGAGGAAGGCAGCUAA